AUGGCAUCCGGCCACGUUCUCCGGUUUCCCCGGUCGGAUAAGGAAGGCGCUUUUGUCAUCGUUCAUGUCACGCCAACUCGUUCCAAGGCCUUGGACGUCAAAUUGGUGGGCACCGAUGGCGUGGAGCCCUAUGCCGUCUCAUUGCGUCAUGACAAAGUCGUCUCCCUUCGUGUCAAGAGCAGCCCCUGCUCCGACGAAGAAUGGGUCUCGGUCCUGACUGCCGUCAUCAGGCAAGAGCCGCUUGACGACGUUGAGGUCGUCGCUUCAGUCGAAGACGAGUCAUCCGUCACUCUCACUGUUAGAAAAAAGGGGAAGGAAUUUACACAACGUCUCGGCGCCAUUGAGUUAAGCCACAGCCCACGCGAGUUGAUAGAGCUGUAUGACUGGUGCGGCCUGUCUGCACAAACAGCGGGCGAUGCGAAGGAGGCUCUAGCUGCAGCGACCGCUAAAGCCAGUAAGCUCGAGGAAUCCGUGCGGGAGCUCAAAGCACACCUCGACGAGCUAAUAGCGGCCAAAGAGGCCCAUGAGGCGGAGCUCCUCGAGAAGUUCCGCGACCUGUUAAAUGAGAAGAAGGUCAAAAUUCGUCAGCAGCAGAAACUUUUGGCGUCAGCCGCUCCGGGGAAGCCAGCGGCCCCUUCCGUAAAGGAGGACCCAACGCAGGAACAAACCUCACGAGGCUCAGGCGCCCGGAGAGCUGCGGGUAAAUCAAGGCCAACGAAGAGAAAAGUCGCGCCGCCGCCGGUUCAAGAGGAUGAGUCUGCUUCUGAGGAAUUCGAGAGAAUGGAUCUCGAUGCCAAUGCAAAACGCCCAGCCGAAUUGUCUGAUCAAGAGCAGAAUACGACUGAAGACGAUGACGCGACGGCCAGCGAAGACGAAGACGAGGAGCCGGCAGCUGUCCCGCCAGUGAAGAGAGCUCCUUCCAAGCAACCGGCUCCGGUCAAGGAAACCCCCAAACCAGCAGCCAAGGACGUUCCGCCGCCCAAGCGCGAGUUACCCUUUGCCAGAAAGAAGCAAGCUGCUGCUAAAGCCCCUCCGCCGCCUGUGGAUAGCGAGACGGAGUCGGACGAUGAACUAUGA